AUGGCCACUUUUGAGGUCACUCGUAGCUUUGGUGCAUCCGUGGACAACACCAAGAUUAAGUUCAGUAAGUUGUAUCUGCGGCAGAUCUGGGAAGGGCCAAACACGAAUCAGACAGGCCCUCUAGUAUCAGGAGAUCCUGCCUUACAGUUCGGCCUGUCUGGUGUUAACAGUUGGGGAAUAUAUGAUGAUCUCGGCUCAGAGGCGAAGCUGGUUGCGAAGGCACAAGGCUGGCACACAGCAAUCCACCCCAACUGGUACUCUUGGUUCUCCAUGACAUUCUUCGAGGGUGAAAGAUUUAAAGGGUCCACUCUUCAGGUAAUGGGAGCAUCAAGAUCGGCAAAUGAUGGUGAGUUUGCUAUUAUUGGUGGGACAGGUGACUUCGCAAUGGCACGUGGUAUCCUAACGAAACGACUAGUUGUGGACGUAGCUGGUAGUAAAAUAUUCGAGCUUACUGUGGAUGGAUUUUGCCACAUGAACAUUCCGGUCCCUGCACCUACGAAGAUGGGACCGUGGGGUGCAAAGGAUGCCCCCCUUCGUGAAAUGGAAGGAAAAUCCCAACGUCUAGAGAGUGUCACAAUAUACUUUAACAGCGUAGUAAGUGCGAUUCAGUUUUCCUACAUUGGUGAAGACGGGCGAAUCUGCAACUCUGGUCCUUGGGGUACUACUGGAUGUACUAAUUCACCCUGUACUAUUGAAACCAUUAAGUUUUGCCCAAAUGAGUUUGUGAAGCAGAUAACUGGGACAGUUGGUGACCCAGACUAUUUGUCUCACCUUAAGAUUGUCACAAACAUUAAAACGUAUGGUCCUUUUGGGCCACAGGACGGCAAGUCUCCGUUCAGCUUUACCGUGCCGGAAGGAAAGACCGUUGUUGGCUUCUUUGCGCAGUGUGACGAUUAUAUCCGUAAAAUUGGUGUUUACACCAUCUAA